UUUUGUUUUAUUAUCAUUAUUCUCAUUUUUGGAGGGGGGCCGGGGGGCAGAUUAGUCGCCGCCACCAACGUGAGAUCUUUUUUCUCCUUGAAGGAUUCCUGCUGAUGUCUGCAGAGUCGGUUAGAGUAAAAACGGCGCAUGCCUUCCUGGAGUCAGGAUCCGUAAAUUCUGACGUAGCCCGUGCAUCUCAAAAAUCCCUAUAAUAACGCCUAGGCAUUUAAGUUGCUAUGGUCAUUCUGAUCUCGAACCAAAUGGAGAAACUACGGAUUUUUUUUCCUUAUUACGGUCGGAUGGGAUGAAGACCUUCCUGCCUGCCGAGAGCUGGGGACCUGUCUGUAGAGAUACAUAGAUAUGUUUAUCAGUAUGUCAGUGUGUGAGUAUAAAGUGGUGGUUUCUUAGACUAUCCGUGGUUUGACCUUGAACCUGUGCCAGUGAAACAGCAGAGUACUUUUAUUUAUGCAUUUAAUGGAUUGAAGAAAAGGACCUUGUUUCUCUCUCUGCAGCUGCAGUAAGGGAGGGGAGUUGGAUAUACCUCGCCUAGUAUCUCCUGGGUUGGCACCAGCAUUAUUGUUUAUCGCUGUGCUCCGAAAGCCGAAUCUUCUGAUGGCUCCCCUCGGUGAAGUUGGGAACUAUUUCGGUGUGCAGGAUGCGGUACCAUUUGGGAAUGUGCCCGUGUUGCCGGUGGACAGCCCGGUUUUGUUAAGUGACCACCUGGGUCAGUCCGAAGCAGGGGGGCUUCCCAGGGGACCCGCAGUCACGGACUUGGAUCAUUUAAAGGGGAUUCUCAGGCGGAGGCAGCUGUACUGCAGGACUGGAUUCCACUUAGAAAUCUUUCCCAAUGGUACUAUCCAGGGAACCAGGAAAGACCACAGCCGAUUUGGCAUCCUGGAGUUCAUCAGCAUAGCGGUGGGCCUGGUCAGCAUUCGAGGCGUGGACAGUGGACUCUACCUCGGCAUGAACGAGAAGGGGGAGCUGUACGGAUCAGAGAAGCUAACCCAGGAGUGUGUGUUCAGAGAGCAGUUUGAAGAAAACUGGUACAACACGUACUCCUCGAACCUGUACAGACACGCGGACACAGGACGGCGGUACUACGUCGCCCUCAACAAGGACGGGAGCCCCAGAGAAGGAGCCAGGACUAAGCGGCACCAGAAAUUCACACACUUCUUACCCCGGCCCGUGGACCCCGACAAGGUCCCCGAACUGUACAAGGAUAUCCUGAGCCAAAGCUGACAAAGACAGCUUCUCCGCUCGAGCCCUUAGCAAGUAGCCACUAUACAGGUUUCACGCGGUGGGUUCCUCUCGGUUUGCUGUCAUCACAUCAGCUCCACUGUUGCCAAACUUUGUCGCAUGCGUAGUCUGACGGCGGCGUGGUGGGGGUGCUGGUUUUGUCCCCCCACUGGGGACCGCCUGCACCUGCUGGCGGGGAUGGAGGGGUGCAGAGGGUGGAGGCCGAGGGGUGAGCGGUUGGGGGGUGAGCGGCAGGACUCGGGAAUAGAAGGGAGUGGAGGGGACUCGCCGAUGCAUGUGGGGUUAGACGUCCUCUGUCCUCGCCAGCACAGCUGCCACACCGACCAUCAGGACCUGGCCGCGCGUCUGCAGGGGCGCGGGGGUGCGGUCCUCCUUAAGAGUUGUCCUCGGUUCAUUCUCACGGGUGUCAUCCCAGUGAACUGACAGAAAAGACCUCUUAGUAAAAAAAAAAAGUUAAAUUUAUUUAUAGAAAUUCCAAAGGCAACAUUUUAUUUAUUUUAUAUAUUUAUUUAUUAUAUAGAGUUUAUUUUUAAUGAAACAUGUACAGGCCAGAUAGGCGUUUUGGAAGCUUUGGGCUCUGUAAACAUUAAAUGGCAGCGUCCACUACGAACCUGUGGUAAAUGCACGCAGCAAGCGCUGCGUGCAUGGGUUUGAGACAUUCAAAUGGCCCUCACGUCCGAAAGGCGACAGUCGCUUUUGUGCCCGUGUGAUUGUAAACUGACGCAUUCGUUCACGACACUGAGUACCCACUCUCCAGACGGCUUGUUCCGUAGCUUACCCCAGAGGAUUAAAGAUCAACUGGGUCUCAAACUUUUAUUCUGUGUCUGUAAUAUUUGCUCUCUCCCAAGUGACUCCCUCCAUCAUUGUAACAUCAUUGGAAAAUAGGAAGUGUAAGGGUUGGCAUAGCACCGACUUGUUUACGUCUAUCGCGGGUAUACCAAAGCUAAACCAUAACUAUGCUGUUAUUCUGUCUGUCUCCGGAAUAACAGGACUAACAUUGAGCAUCACCGAUUUAGAAUUCUCAGAAAGGAAGAAAGCUUACUUGGCACUGAUCUUUUUUUUCAGGGGACAAGAAUCAGAGUCAGAGUAACAGGAUAAUUCAUGUAAACUUUUAAUUUGUGCACUUGGCUCUCAAAUGUGAAACUGGACAAGUACCUUAGGGGUCAUCGUGACAUCUUUUACGGGAAACUGCGUCCAGUGUGACCUGUCAUAACACAGGGUCACAGACCCUUUCAGGUGAAGCUUGCAAAUCUCCAUCAGUAAUGACGAUGAGGGAAAGUAUGCACUUGUUGACUGUUUUGUUUUUAAAGUAGUCUUCACAAGCGCUCGGUCUUUUUAGAGGGAAGGUUACUACACAGAAUAUCUUUUACAAGGCUUUUAUAACGUUUUAUGCUGAAGAGCAUAAGAAUCCAUAUUCCUUUAGCAGCAAUAAUUUUGAAACUUGCCCUUGGGCAAGGGAGACUGUUUCUUACUAUAUACUAAGGAGAAAAGAGCCAAAUUCUUAAAGCAAUAUUUAAAAAAAAAAUUUGUAACAAAUUCUCAUACCGCAUAGAACACUUUCUAGCCGGUUAUGUGGGAAAUUGAAAGUGACAGUUAAAAAUGUGUUGGGAUUUAUGUAACUAAUUUUAAAACUUAAUAUUCCAACUCUGUUUUGCUCUGAUGCACAUUCUUUAUGAAAAAUAAAAGUAUGUCACUGGUGAGUUAAAGCUGUUUUGAAGCGGAGGCACAUGGCUUACUGUCGUGAGCCCCUGGGGCCCUCCUGGGGUCCAAACUGGAGUGGAAGCAGGGCCCUACUGGUGAUGUGCAUUAAGGAAGAAGUAGGUCUAACAUGUGGAAUCGAAAAAUACUGUAGGGGGAGGGGACAGAAGCGACGUGAAGUAGUUGAUUGAUGAUAAAGGUCUGAAUGUUCUCUUCAUUUAUUUUCUUGGGUAUUUCUUUUCAACUUUCUGAACAGAAAGUGCAUUUAAUUCCAAGAUGUAGUAUUCUUAUUUAUUAUUUAACCCUUUGCUGCUGCUAAAAUGCACAUAUUCAGGCUUUAGUUUUUCCAAAAGGCAUUUAAUUAAUAUUUGUGGCUGAAAAACAUUCAACAUCUCACCAUAGGGAAAAAUCAAGGUUCUAGGAUGUCAUAGGUACAAUAUUUAGCACGGAAGACAUUGAUUUUAGGAGAUAGCCAAAAGUAAUCGUACAGUAGCAUGAGGCGGGAGAUAAUCAGCCUAAAAGAAAGAAAACAAUUUGGGAAGAAGACUAAACUCUUCAUGCAUUCCUAGAAAAUGCUACUUUCACGUCUACUUUUGGAGCUCUUUUGUUUUGGUAACUUUUUUUUUCCUAAAGCAAAACAAAGUGCUAUGUGCUUUGGGCAACUGAUACAAUAAACUGUAAUGGUCUGUAAAUAAAUAAAUGCUGACUUAUGCAAUUUCUGUA